AUGGCUCCUAUUGUUCAUCUCGUCCGCCAUGCUCAAGGUUAUCAUAACCUAAGCGAGGCAAAUCAGCAAAUACGCGAUCCAGACUUAACGCCUCUAGGCGAGUCUCAGUGCGAUGAGCUCUGCAAGAAAUUCGAUGCUCACGAUAAAAUUACGCAUCUGGUCGCUUCCCCUAUACGACGGACGAUAUUAACUUGUCUGCGCUCUUUUGCGCCAGCCGUUAAAGCCGGGAAGAAAGUAAUCGCUCUCCCGGAUGCUCAGGAAAUCUCAACCUUACCUUGCGAUAUUGGUUCAGACCCCAGCAAGCUGAAAGAAGAAUUCGGCGAGCUUGUGGAUUUCCAUUUGCUUCACGAGGGUUGGAACGAUAAGUCCAGUGAGAGCAAAUAUUAUCCUACCCCUGCCAAUCUCGAGGCGAGGUCACGGGCCGCUAGAGUGUGGCUUAGGGACUUGGUGAACAAAGCCGGAGAUGACGCUCAAGUUGUCCUUGUCACCCAUGGCGGUAUUCUCCACUUCCUUACCGAGGACUUUGAUGGAGUGAAGGUAGAGAGAGGUACUGGUUGGGACAACACCGAGAUACGUUCAUACGAAUUCAAGGACCCAACCGGUCAAGAUCCCAACGCAACACUGAAGGAGACCCAGCCAAGCUGGCGUCGUCGGCGUGGCAGCGCAAUCCCUCUCACUGAGACUGAGCAGAUGCAGAUACGCCAGGCUUUCCAGACUGUUCUCAAGGAAGAGACCAAGAAGCAAGAGAGUCGUUCGGCUCAGGCAUCUGAGGCCAUUGUCGAUUAA